UGGCAGUCCACAGCUGUGAAUUUCGUCUUACAAACGUUAACCUCAAUAAUAAUUCAAAUAAAACUGAAUUUAUUCAUGGGAAUACAACCAAAACCCCAUAAAAAUGUUCUAGAUUAGUUCUUUAAAGUUAAAUAAAUAGUGUUCUAGUUUUUUCGAAUGAGAAGCGCAGAGAUAGCUUUAAAAAACAACUUCCCUCGGCGAUGGACAAUCCUGGAUCUGAAGUUUCGACAGUCGAGGAUUUUCCCGAGGAAUUUUUAUUUUCACAUAUAUCACUUCUGGAUCUUCCAGUGGAGAUUUUCUUCCACAUAUGCUCGUUCCUCGAUGCCUCCACUUUAGUACAUAAUUUGGGACUUGUUUGUAAACAAUUUUAUGAAAUUCUGAAGGAUGACUCGUUUUGGAAAGUGAAGAUCAACCGAAUAUGGCCCAAUGCUCGUUAUCCACUCUUACCUCCUGAUGAAGACGACGAAUUAUUCUGGAAACUAUCAUGCGUCACGAUUGAAAAGCAGACAAAUCUAUGGAAGAACAGAGAUUUAGUCGAAACUUUUUCCCUUCAAAAUGGACAUUACGGAACUGUUGAUGCAGUUUUGCUAAUAAAUAAUGGACAGACCUGCAUCACCGGUGGCAGAGAUAGACUCCUGAUCUGCUGGAGUCUCACUCAACCCGGGGAGGAGCCAUGUGACCAGUUAUGCUCAGGUCUGGGUCAUGAAGGCUGGAUCUGGAACAUAACGUCAAUGGACGAUGUGAUUUACAGCUCCAGCUGGGACAAAACUAUUCGAUCCUGGGAUGUCACUGGCAACAGCUUAACUCCUAUUAAAUCACACGAGAUGAAUGUCCAGGGUGCCCUGUUGUGCAUGAACUCUUGCCCUGAGCUGCAUCUCCUCGCGACUGGAUCGUCCUGCAGAAAAGUAUUAAUUUUCGAUCCGAGAAUGGAGAAAUCUGUGGCUCGAUAUUCGCCUCAUCAGGCAGCAGUCAUUCAAAUAUCCAUGAACUCGAAGUACCUUGUGUCUGCCAGUGAAGAUAAAACUGUAUCUGUCUGGGAUGUCAGGGCUGGAGCUGUCAUGAAAACAUUUUUGCUGGCUAAGGACUCAUUUGCCAUGAGUAUGUUCAUGCACAAUGGACUCGUCUACAUGGGCGACAGCAAUUCUAAUAUUCACGUACUCGAGGAGAACAAUGACUUCAAUAUUUUAAAAUCAUACAAGACUGAGCACACGAAGGGAAUUACUGCGAUUCACGCAACUGCCGGGAGUUUGAUGACUGCAUCGCUUGAUAAAACUGUGAGGAUAUGGGGUGCAACAGAUCCACCCCAGAGUAUUGUUGAUUUUGAAUGCAAACAUGGGGAUGUAGCUAACAUGCAUUAUUUGAACGAGGUACUUGCCGCGUCCGCCGAAAAUGCUAUUCAAAUAUGGAGAGCCAAAGCUGUUUAUCAACACCAAUUAUGACACAAUGAUUUAUAUAUUUUUACUCUAUUUUUCAUUCACCGAUUGACUUAAUCGUUUUAAUGACUAGAUUUUAUAAUUGACUCCAUAAUACUCUUUGCUAAUGAAGGUAAUUGUAAAUUUGAAAAUGUGGUUUUAAAUAAUAAAAGUGGAGGUAUUUGUAA